UUCAUUUUGUUUCAGGAAGGUAGACGUCGAACGUGAGCGGUACUGACCGAAAAUGGCAUUUGAGAAGAGCAAGAUACUGAUAUUUGGAGCGACAGGAUACCUGGGAACAUACCUGGUAAAGGCAAGCAUUUCCAUGGGCCAUGACACCUACGCCUACACUCGCCCUCUCAAACCAAACGACAACAACUCUUCCAAGCUCCAACUUCUGAGGGAAUUUGAGUCCAUGGGAGUCACCCUUUUCCAGGAAAAUAUUUGCUUUAAUUUCCCUAUAAUAUAUAAUGGUGAGCUGGAUGACCAUGAAAAACUAGUUUCAGUGCUUCGACAGGUAGAUGUCGUCAUCUCUGCAGUUCCAAUCCCUCAAUACCUUAAGCAACUCAAUAUUAUACAAGCCAUGAAAGAUGCUGGCACCAUCAAGAGGUUUGUUCCUUCUGAGUAUGGAAACGAAGCAGACAGAGUGACAGCUCUUCCACCUUUCGAGGCAAUGCUCUCCAACAAAAGAAAGAUCCGAAGAGCCACGGAGGCGGCUGGACUCUCUUACACUUUCGUCUCCGCCAACUCAUUUUCAGUGUACUUUGUUAACUAUUUGCUCCAUCCAGAGGAGAAAGACUACCAAGUCAUCAUAUAUGGAAGUGGAGAAGCAAAAGCCGUACUAAAUUAUGAGGAAGAUGUAGCAACUUACAUAGUCAUGGCUGCUAUAGAUCCGAGAGCAGCCAACCGCCUUGUUAUCAUAAGGCCUCCGCGCAAUGUUGUAUCUCAACUGGAUUUGAUUUCUUCUUGGGAGAAAAAAACUGGGAGAAACAUCAAAAGAGUUCAUGUUCCUGAGGAGGAAAUCAUAAAGCAAACUGAAACAUUGCCAAGCCCGGAGAACGUGCCGCCAGCAAUCCUGCACAACAUAUUUGUGAAAGGCGAUCAGACGAGCUUUGAGCUAACUGAGGAAGAUUUGGAGGCGUCGGAGUUAUACCCUGAGUACAAGUAUACUUCAGUUGAUAGGCUUCUUGAUGUGUUCUUGGUUAAGCCUCCUAGUAAGCCUAAGCUUGCAUCCUUCGGAGCAGUGUUUUUGGGAAACUCGCACUUGCACGAAACUUCAAUGUUUAAGGAGAAAGAAGCAGACCAUGGAGGUGACUUUGCUAAGUCAAGUAAUAUGUUUAGAGGUAUGAUGGAUCGUCUGGAUAUAGCAUUCAAAGAAAAGAACCAGACUAUGCAGAGACUUGUUGAGAGUCAAGCAAAGUCUGCCAGACGUCAGGAAGAGAUAAUCAGACAAUGUAUAGAAGAAAUGAGACGGGUCUUUGAAAAAGGCACUAGGGUGAUGCGAGAAACUGGGGAAGAAAGUCGCAGACCACUGCAGGCUGUUUCAGAACAAGUGGUUGAGCAAGUGCGACAGCCCAGACUUGAGAUCCCUCCUCCAAUCGUUGAGAUGCCCAGACAGAUUCAGGAAGCCCCAAUCCCAGCACUCGGGGGGCAAGGGAAUCAGCCUCAUCCCAAUAUUCAACAGCAGCACUUUGUCAUUGGUGAAGAGCAAAGACAACACCAAUUGGUGGAGGUUGCUACUCCUGUUGCAGACCAUGGCCAUCAACCUCAACAUAAGUAUAUUCUGCCAGCUAGGAAGGGAAAUGUGGGUCCUUAUCAUCAACCUUGUCCAAGGGACUUUUUCCAGCCACAAGUUCCUCCAGCCCAACUGGUACAGCGUGAUCUGCAGAAUCAAUCAACUCAAUUCUUCAAUAGAGACCAUGGGCCAGCCUUGAGGUCAUUGGAAAAGAUUGAUAAGGGUAUCUUGAAAUUUCCAGACAAAGCGAAGGAAACCAUGGGAGUGGAUGCAGAUCCUUUUCCAGCUGUGUCUGUCGGCAUGAAUGUUGCAGACCUCAGGAGUGUUGCCAGAAAUCGCAGUCUGCCUUAUGCUCAAAGGAACCUUGCUGCAGAAGACUUAAGGUGGGUUCUUGAGGCGCAGAGAUCCAGACAGAGUAGGAGCGUCAGGUCAGACCAACAGAGGCUCGGGGGGCAAGAAAGGAUCACGGUGACCAGGAACUUCAGUCCAGAAGGUGCCAGACGUUAUUCAACUGGUACUAGAUCUCCAAGGAUGGUCAAACCGCCACUCAGGUCACCUUCCAAACGGUGGGAAAAAAUCAGUCAUCCCAAGUUUCCAGCCCAGAAUUCCAGAACCUUGAGGCGCAAACUGCAGCGCAAGAGGGCUGAAGAGCGAAAAAGACACCAGAAGCAAGUGGAGGCUGAGGGAAGUUCAUCUCGCAGACCACGCCAACCUACCAAAAGGAAUAUAGUCUGGGUGAGAAAAGAGAAAAAGGAGGCUGUAACCCAGACUCUACAGAAGGGGGAUGACCAAUCUCUAGCCUCUCCAAAGGUGGCGUCUGUCAUUAUAAGUCCAGACGGAGUUUUGAAAGCAACUUUUGAAGCACAAGAACAAUCUGGGAAUCAUGGAGCUGAAUCAAAAGAAGAAGGCACUAUUCAUUUUGGGGAAUUCUCAGUGAAUUUGUCAUGUCUGGUGCUGACAUUACCCUUGGUUUUCCAAGCCAAGGAGGAGGAACCAAUCGUCUGUGAGUUCCCAGAACAGACAGAAGAAGAGGUAAUUGUUGUUCCAGCUCAGGAUGAUGAAGAGGAGGACAUGGCUGACAAAAUUGUGUAGCUGAUGGCCUGAUUAUUUUGGGCUUUAUAUUCAGUCCAAUAAGAUUUGUGAGUAGGCCAACUGUGGGUGUGUUACCAUGUUAUUGGUCCAAAGGCCUGUAAUUUGGAUUUCUAUUUGCCUAGCAGACAUGAAUUUUU